AUGACGACCGAAAUCAAGAAGGUCCCCAUCCCCCGUCGCGGCGUCGACUACAGAGGCAAGGUCGUGCUUGCGCCCAUGGUGCGCUCCGGCGAAUUGCCAUCGCGACUUCUGGCUCUCCACUACGGCGCAGACCUGGUAUGGGGUCCCGAAACCAUCGACAAGGCCAUGAUCGGCACCACCCGUAAAGUCCACGAUGCCACGAACACCAUUGUCUGGACGCGCAAGCCGUCGCAGGGCGCGAAGCAGCCACCUCCCGAUGCGCCCGAGAACAUCAUCUUCCAGAUACACCCUGAGAAAGAAGGCCGGCAGCUCAUCUUCCAGAUGGGAACUGCGAACCCCGAACUGGCCGUGGAAGCUGCAAAGCUGGUCGCAGCCGACGUAGCCGGCAUCGAUGUAAACGCAGGGUGCCCCAAGCCAUUCAGCGUCCACUGUGGAAUGGGAGCCGCACUGCUCCAGACUCCAGACCUUCUGUGCUCCAUACUCGAGGCUCUGGUCAAGAACAUCGCAUCCGAGUACGAGAUUGGAAUCAGCGUCAAGAUCCGAAUCCUGGACACGCCUGCCCAGACCGAGGCGCUUGUUCGGAGACUCGUCGCCACUGGCAUCACGGGUCUGACGGUCCACUGCCGGACAACGCCCAUGCGACCCAGAGAACGUGCCAUCCGAGGACAGCUACGUAUGGUUGCGGAUAUUUGCCACGAGGCCGGCGUGGCCUGUGUCAUGAACGGGGACGUAGAAGAUCGUGAACAGGCGUCACAACUUAUGGAAGAGUUUGGAGUUGACGGUGCCAUGAUUGCGACCUGCGCGGAGAAGAACUCGAGCUGCUUUAGAAGCCAAGCCGACGGAGGAUUGGCACCCUGGCGAGAGGUCGUGGAGCAGUACUUGCGGUACGCCAUGGAGGUCGAGAACAAGUUUGGAAACACCAAGUUUCUGCUCUGCCAACUCAUCCCUGGUAAGCAGCCGGCUUACAAGAAUAUCAGCCCCUGUAAGAGCUACACCAAGGUCUGCGAGUUGCUUGACUUCCCUCAUCUGGUGGACCAAGCCCGCAAAGUCGACGAGAGUCUGGAUAUUGAUCCCGAAACUGGUCCCAAGAAGAACAAGGACGCACAGAAGAAGGCCAACAUGACCGCUCUGGCUGCAGGAGGGAAGAAGGCCGAAUACAGGCAGCAGGCCAAACGGCCUCUGUCCGAACGUGGCGUCACUGUGCAGACCGAAGACAAAGCGCAGUCUCAGCUGCCAGAAGGUCUGGCGAUACCGGCAUGA